UUCAACGCCGAGCAUCCUUAAGUACCUACGCCUCCCCUUGGUUUACAGUUCCCCACGACAUCUCUACACGUUUCAGUUCUCUACCUGGUAUUUUUAAUGCAGUUACUGUACAAUAGCACAGAGAUAGCUAUCAUCUAUUCAAUAAUGUGAUCAUUUCAUUAGAACCUACCAGUCCUUCCUUUGCUCCAUUUCCUUUGUGCGCAAAUAGUUUCUCUGCCUACCUACUGAGGUAGGCAACUGUAUUUUUUCUUUCUAGAUAAUCAUGAAGCAUCGUCGCUUCAGGCGUGACUAUUUUCGCCGGCUCCUCUUCGUCCUAUUCUUCUUAUUCUGCGUUGACGCGAUAUCCUUAAUUCGACGACGUCCCGAUACUUACCGCGAGGACUUGAGCCUUGAUCGACAAGCCGAGUCUCAUCCCCUUAGAAACACCAGCGUCUUCAUCGCAUCGGUCCAUCGCAAUACCGAACCGAUACUCCGGUCAACAUGGAACCAGGCGGUAUUGAAUCUUGUAGACUUCUUCGGUCCAGAAAACGUCUAUUUCUCGGCUGUCGAAUCUGGUUCCCAAGAUGAAACAAAAGAGGCUUUGAUGGAGUUGAAAACAGCGCUUGACCAGAGAUAUACCUCCAAUACAGUUAGCCUAGGAAUGACGGUUUGGGAACAAUUGGAAGAGAUUGAUACGCGGCCGCCGCCAGAUGCGCGAGAGCCCGGAUGGAUUUGGAAUGCUGCCGAAAGUCAAUUCGAACUACGUAGGAUACCUUACCUUGCCAAAAUUCGAAACCAGGCAAUGGAACCGCUUAAACAGCUACAGAGCGAAGGAAGGGAGUUUGACAAGGUUCUCUGGUUGAACGAUGUUGUAUUUGAUACCGAGGAUAUCGUCACACUGUUUAACACUCGUGACAACGACUAUGCCGCCGCUUGUGCCAUGGAUUACAAGGUAGCACCCUUAUACUACGACACAUUUGCCUUGCGAGACGAUCUCGGCCAAAAAACCAUUUCCCUUCAUUGGCCUUGGUUCCAAUCGCCUAUUGCGAGGGCGGCAGCUGAGCGCAACGCGCCUAUCCCCGUGGCUUCAUGCUGGAACGGAAUUGUAGUAUUCGACCCGGCGCCCUUUUAUGCUAAUCCACCUCUACAAUUCCGCGGUAUUGAUGAUAGCCUAGCGGAUUUUCAUCUUGAGGGCUCAGAAUGCUGCUUGAUCCAUGCUGACAACUACCUCACCGAUAAGAAGGGCGUAUGGCUUAACCCAAACGUUCGCGUCGGCUACGACGAGAAGGCCUACUAUCAGAUUAGAACGAAUCGAUUCCCCAACCCCUUCUGGACCGUUGUAGGAGCGUGGGUUAAUCGCCUGAAUGCUUGUCACGCAGCCAUCCAAUCUCGCUUGGAAACUCGAGUAGUGCAGACUAGGUUAAAGCAAUGGAAGCUCGAAACUCCAAAUGGAGGUCCGCAGAGGGACGAACCAGGAGAAGCAUGUCUUAUUAACGAAAUGCAGAUAAUGUGGUCAAACGGAUGGAUGCACCUUUAGAGCAUCGAACAAAAGUAAAACAGGAUAGAGAAAACUUGUAUAAUAAGCAUUCGGGGUUCGAUCAAGGUUUUUUUUUUUUUAAGAAAAGCGCUAGCACCGCCUCAUUGAA